CAAUCCGUCUCAACACGGCAUCACCCACGGAUUUUUCAAGCUAUUCGCGUGCAUCGUGGAUUAAGAAAUAAAUCAAAAGACAAAACAGAUAAACGAAAAUCAAAGUUUCAUUUUGCACAACAAAUAUAAUAUGGCUGCCGCUGUGAGCCUGGUGUUGCUCCUCCUAGUUGGUGUCCAUGGCACCACGAUCAUAAGCAUCAAAUAUCCGCAUCAGCAGACGCGUCAGGUCAAACGGGAUCUCAGUUUGAGCUAUGCUGCUACCAACAUUGACUCCAAGGAGGGCACACGCGUUAAGACCAUCACAGUGAUUAAGAACCUGGGCGGAGUUGGCACCGCCAGUGCAGAGGCAGCAGGCGUUGCCCUGCCGCCGCCUAAUAGCAACAGGAAGCAACUGAAGUUGGCCAUUAAUCCGGCCCUGCAUAAAAAUCCAGAAUGGGCUAGUGCAUUUCGUGAUAACUUUGAUUCCUAUGGCAGUCUACCAGAUGUGCCUGACAUUGAUGACCUUUUUGAGUUUGUAAACCGUAAGAAGACCGCUACCAGUAGCAGUAGUAGUAGUAGUAGUAGUAGUAGCAGCGCAUCCUCGGUGGAGGAGGAGGUGGAGGAACAGCCGAAAAAAAAGGUGCAGAGUGCGAAGCCGGAAACCGCUAAAGAGGAUAUUACUACCAAGCAACCCACCGUGGAACCGGAAACGGAGCCGGUGGAUAGCGAUGAAGCAAUUGUGGAGAAGAUUAAGGGCGAUGCCGAGCUGUUACCACAUAUCAAACAAGUGAACAUAUUAAGGCUCCAAGCCCAACAAUUGUCGGCACCGCAGCGCACUCGCGAAUCUCUAAUAAAUGUUAAUUACUCGACACCAAUGCAUCAGGUUAGCCAAUAUUUUGAUAACUAUGUCCAAGCUCUUCCCAAUGGCUAUGAUUAUUCAAAGCCAUGUGGUCCGGCGCAGUCACCAGGAAAUAGUAUACAGGUGACGACGCCCUCCGGUCGAACUUAUGAUAUACCCCAGAGCAAUAGCAGUGGAACUGGAGGUGGCAAUCAUCCCUAUCUGGCACCGUCAUUAACCAAAAAAACCCAAAUACAACCACAACCACCGACACUUCCUCCUGCUCCAGUGUUGCUGCCCAAUUAUUCGUCUGUUAACUCUAUUGUGCCUGCCCUGAGUCCAUCGAACCAACUACCUUUACCAGUGCCUCCCCAAUCCCCGGCACCAGCACCAGCACCGGUCCCAGCAGCAGCGGCAGGAGCUGGAAUAGGCAUAGGCAUAGGCACAGGAGGGGGACUACCGCCUCCUGGACUGGGAAUCUCAACUAGCCAGCGUCCUUAUGUGGCUCCCCGACUACGCAACAACGGCCUCGGCAUCAAUCGGGGACCAGCCACGGCCCAACCGCCUCUGCCAGCUCCUCCACAACAACCACAACAGGGCCCCGUCUUUGGCUUGGCAUCAAAUCGUCCAAAUACGCUACGAUCGCGUGGCUUAAAGUAUUGA